AUGACACAACACGUUAAUUUGGUUGCUUUACUUUUGUGUCUCGGAUUAAUGUGUCCUGUUGUAACUGGAAUUUUUAUGGACAAGCUUGCCAGCAGGAAGCUGUGUGUUGAUGAUGACUGUGUCUACACCAUUUCCCUUGCCAGAGCAGAAGAGGAUUACAAUGCUCCAGACUGCAGAUUCAUUAAUAUUAAAAAAGGGCAGUUGAUUUAUGUUUACUCAAAACUAGUGAAAGAAGACGACUCUGGAGAAUUCUGGGCUGGAAGUGUUUAUGGAGAACAGUAUGAAGACCAUAUGGGGACAGUUGGUUAUUUCCCUAGCAGUUUAGUCUCAGAACAACAUGUCUAUCAAGAAGCAAAUAAGACUGUUUGUAUAAUGGAACUGUGUAAGGAUAAAGGCUUACAUAUGACUCAUAAAUCCAGAAUAGAGACGGGUACUCUGCCUCGGCAACUAAAGCCUAAAUGCGACCCCGAGUGCCCUCCUGUGGCAGCCCAACACCGGGUAAAGCUCCGUCUGCCCUCAGAGCUCCCGGUGCCUCAGCGUGGAGAACCUUCCAGAAGGGCGGGAUCGAGCGCCCACCAGCACGGCAGCCAAUCGGAAUUGGGCACUCUCUGCCCCCUCGCGCCCCCAGCUCACGGGCCGGGGCGGGGAGGAAGGGGCCGCCUGAGGCAUAAUGGCUGCGAGGGUGCUAGUCCUGGUCUGGUCAUCGUCCUGUCAGCCCUCCGCUGCCUCCACCCUCUGCUUCCUCCACCCAGGACAGGGGGACGCGUGGGGAGCUGUUGGGCUGAGCCUCCUGCCCCCCAGAGGGUGAGGUUGUGCUACUCAGUGUUAGACAUGCCUAUGGCUGAAAGUGGUGGUGCUAUUCAGCCUCCAUGUUGUCAGUUCGGCCUCAAAAAUGUAGACAGGCUUGUGGAUCUUGCUGUUAACUCGGAAGAAAAGGGUGAGAGGAAAGUGCAGAAGGAAGUAGCUAUUCAAGGAUACUCAAAACAGCCAUGGCAAAAAAUUGAUAACUCUGUGGUUCAGGCUGUUAAGCUAGGUCAUCCCAUGCUAUUUGCAGCAUACGUCCACUUUUUAAGAACAACUUGCUUAUUCUCUGAAAUCUAUAGGCAAGGAGAGGCUAUUGGUCUCUUGUCAUAUCCUGUCGGGGGAUGCAACGGGUCUGCGGAAUGCCUGACAAUUCGAGAACAGCGUGACCUUGAGCAGCUUGUAGUGUAUCCUUGA